AUGGGCGGGGGAGGGGGAAUUCUUUGGGUAUGGAGAUUAUUUACCGUUUCGGUUGUGUUCAUGGAGUCUUCUGUAGUCUCGAGUAUUCAGAACCUGUUGGGGGUGGUCACUUGGCUAGCUGUUCAUAUGUAUUCUAAUGUCUUUACUUUAAUUUGUUUAGCCGGCAGAUCUUCUAAAGAUCCCGAGUCGGUUCACCAUUUAAAACCAGGAGACAUAGAUGUCAUUGCCGCAAUGGGUGAUUCCUUGACAAUCGGCGCUGGAGUUACUUCGAUUUAUACGUUCGAAGUGCACAUUGAAAAUAGAGGCAUAGUAGGCAGUAUCGGCGGUCAAGGAACUUGGCGACAGUACCUGACUCUUCCUAAUAUUCUUAAAGAAUUCAAUCCUAAAUUAGUAGGUUAUUCACUUGGGGACGCUUUAAGUACUGAUCCAGCUGCGCAGUUAAACGUCGCCGAAGGUGGAGCUAUGUCUAGAGAUAUAACUUUCAUGGCGACAUAUUUGGUCAAUAAAAUAAAAGAAGACCCGAGGAUAGAUAUCAAAAAACAUUGCAAGGUUCGUAUAUUCGUAGACAAGAACAUAAAUUCGCAUAAAAUCUAA